AUGGCAACUAUGAAAGCUGCAACCCUGACCUUUAAGGUCCUUGUGGUGGCCUUCUCCUUGCUUAUGUUGGGCUGGUCACUCACGCCCAGCCAUCGUGCGGCAGCCAGGGUGGUGGCGGGACAUGCAGCAACAACCAGUGCUGCAGCCAGUACGGGUAUUGUGGCCUUGGCGGCGACUACUGCGGCAGUGGGUGCCAGAGCGGCCCAUGCUACUAGUCAGGCUGUCCUCCGCGGGUCACAUAUGUAA